GAGGAUCGAAAUUAGAUGAUCUGGUCGCUCUAAACUUUUAGAGCGCCUCUAAGACGGGUAAACCACGGGCCAUCUACGGCGCAUUAAAGCGUCUUAAAAUUUCUAAGGUCAGCGAACAUCAAAUGGAAGGUAUAAAAUCCAGCAUUUUUUCUUCAAUUAAUUCAUUAUGUCUGCAACUACCAAGAUUGCUCUAACAAAUGUUAGAGUGUUCAAUGGACAGAAAAUACUGGAUCCUGCGACAAUCGUGAUCGAUGGUGAAAUCAUCGGAUCCGACCCCACCGGUGCCGUAGAACAGGACUGUGAAGGCGCAAUCUUGCUUCCUGGUCUGAUAGAUGCUCAUAUUCAUUUGGGCAGUAUCAAGGAUCUAAAAAACAUGAGCGUCUACGGUGUUACUACUGCACUCGACAUGGCCACUUGGCCUUUGGAGCUACUGACUUCUUUGAGGAAUCAAAAAGGCGUGACUGACAUUCGGAGUAGUGGUAUAUCGGCCACUGGGCCAGGCAGCACCCAUAGUUAUUUGCUUCCAAAAGAAAGUGUAAUAAGAACUGUCGAUGAAGCUAAGCCGUUUGUCGCUAAACGCGUAGCUGAAGGUUCCGACUAUAUCAAGAUCGUUUGCGACAAACCCGGUCCAGCGCAAGAUGUUGUAAACACCUUGACUGCAGAAGCUCAUCACCAUGGUAAAUUAGUCAUUGCCCACGCUGCAACAGUUGCUCCUUUCGAAAUGGCUCAGAUUGCCGGGGUCGACAUGAUUACCCACAUACCACUCGACAAUGUUCUGCCAACAGGCUACGUAGAUCGUAUGGUUGCCGACAAGUGCAUUUCCAUUCCAACUUUGGCUAUGAUGGAAAGCAUGGCCAAGCUCCGCCGACGGGCACGGUACGAAUAUGCACGCGAUUCUGUCACCGCUCUGUACAAAGCUGGAGUACCUGUUUUAGCUGGAACGGAUGCUAAUUCAAUUAAAUUCUCACCUUUUAACGUGCGACAUGGUGAAAGUUUACAUCAUGAACUGGAACUGUUGGUUGAAGCUGGAUUAUCAAAUUUAGAUGCCUUGAAGGCCGCCACCUCGUUACCCGCCCAAUACUUUGGCCUUAAUGAUCGUGGUGUCAUCGAACCUGGUCGACGAGCAGACUUAGUGCUUAUUGCUGGUGAUCCUCUCCAAGAUAUCUGUGCUACACGUUUGUUGAAGCGGAUAUGGUGUGCUGGUAUCGAAGUCGAACCUAUCAAGCCCGGAAGUGGCGGUUGUCUUAUUAUUUGAUAGUACUCGCCUCAAUUAUUGUAAUCUUACUGUGUAAUUCGUAUAACUUUUUUUAAUACACUGGUAUGUCAUUCUGGGUAGCAUUUACGAAA